GUAUCAGAACAAACGGCGCUAAUUACACUUGGUUCCAUCUUUAAUUUCUCUUUGAUAGCUUCCAGCGGUGGGUACCAGUACGACUCUAAAGCAUUUCUGUUUUCACUGGUGAACAAACCAGGAUGGGCACCUGUUAAAUUGCCUCAGACAGGGAAAUAUAGUUCAAGAAGACGUUCAAUAUACUGUGGCUCAUCGUAUGGACCUACAUUCGGAGCAGGACAUGACAUUCACAUUUCCAACUACGCGUCAUCCAAUAGCAUUUCUUACAGCAACCUUGGCCAUACUUACAGCCCACCGAGCGGGUACAGCUACGGCAGCAACUUCGCCCAAACAUUCUUGGCAGAAACAAACUUCUACUUCACACCAGACGAAGUAGAAACUUUUUACGAAACAAACUAG